AGGGGCCGCCUGUCGCUUGAGAAACAUCGCAUUAAUGACGAGCGACAAUUCACCCACGGUACAACUGAUGCAGGCCGUUUCUGGAGGACUUUCGGGAGCAUGUACGCGGUUCAUUACGCAGCCCUUUGAUGUGCUCAAGAUACGCUUUCAAAUGCAGGUGGAGCCUGUGGCUGACCACCAUCACUCCAAGUAUCGGGGCACUUUGCAUGCCCUUGCUGAGAUUUAUAGGGAAGAGGGCAUACGGGGAAUUUGGAAAGGACACAACGUGGGUCAGAUGACGAGCAUUACGUACGCGCUUGUACAGUUCUGGUCAUAUGAGCAAUUCAGUUCUGCAUUCACGAAAAAUGCCUUCUUUAAAGAGCGGGAUGGUCUCAGGUAUUUCCUUAGCGGCGGAUUGGCUGGCUGUUUGGGUGUAACUGCUUCGCAGCCUUUUGACUUGAUUCGAACGAUGGUGGUGGCCUCUGAUCCGAAAAGCCACAGCAGUGAGAUGUCGACGAUGAGAGGCCUUGUAACCGUUUGGAAACUUCGGGGUGUGCGUGGACUCUUUCGGGGGCUAACGUUCACAUUGGCCCAAAUCUUUCCAUUGGUUGGAUUAAAUUUUCUGCUCUACAAGAACUUCAACAAGAUGGUAAUAUUACUUAAAAGACGCAUAAUGGGACCUGGUGAUGGCCUUCUAUUACCUCCCACACUUUUCGUCAAUGGCGCUUUGGCGGGCGUGCUCUCCAAGGCUAUCGUAUAUCCGGCCGAUUUUCUCAAAAAACGCAUUCAAUUGGGUGGUUUUAGUCAUGAUCGGAACAUGUUUGGCAGAAAUCCAAAUUGCCCAACAUUGAGGGAGUGCAUUGUCAGUACGCUAGAGCAUGAAGGUAUUAUGGGUUUUUACAAAGGCCUGCUGCCCACUCUGGUUAAAUCGGGACUUGCGACGGCGGUCUAUUUCACGUUCUAUGAUACCAUGAAGUUGCUUUUCAUAACCCCCUUAAAAGAACGUGAGGCAAAGGAGAACGCAAGAAAUGCGGAUUACAGUUGGCCUAGUCCGGCUAAAUAGCAAGAAAUGUUAAAUGUUAUGGUAUUAUAGGUGGGCCGUUAUCUGCCCAAGGUCACUCUUUCGGUUGUCCCCAUGGCAAGCGAGCGAUUUACAUAAUUGCCUACAUAUGUUACUUUCA